AUUUCAGAGAAGCGCGCAUUGCCGUAGUCUAUAUCAGCCCAUAGAGGACACACCUACCCUGUUCUAAUGAUCCACCAAUCAUCCACGUCUCCGGACCACUGCUCCCAGUAGUCACUACUUCACAGCCACAGUAUGGAGAGAAGGAGACAGAGGUGGACGCGUUCUGUCUUUACGGAGAGAGCUGACCUGCUUAGUGCGCACUGACAGAGCAAACGGAAUAAAAAGCCAGAGCAAAUAUAGCAAAGUUUUGUGGGACGAGUAUCUCUCUGCGCGGUUUUCAUUUUCACUGAGCGUCAUCCCGGUCCAUGGGUUCAGGUUGCACAUAGGAGUAGGCUACAAGUUUCCAAUGGACAGAUUCUUGGAGACGGAUGGCGCAACAAGCAUGGGAUUAUUUUUGUAAUGUGGAUUGCUACUCCUUUGCAAGAAAAUAAAGGUCUGCUGCGGAACAAUGUGAGACGUUAUGCGUCUUGGAUUCUCGUGUUUCUGGAUAUCUUGAAAAUCAUUGGCAACAGUUGAAAAAAAAAAAGAAGUUAUGCGCAAAGGAUUGUAUGCUCCGACCCUGGGACCAACAUGGAUUUGCCAUUAAAACCCCCUGCCCCUUAUUUAGAGAAUUUUUAGCCGGUCCACUUGUGUUGUUGUUGUUCUUGUUGUUGUAAACUUCAUGCUUGUGAACAAAUCGCCACACUGGCCUCUUGGAUUUUGAAACGUCGCCUGCCUUUGGAUUGGAUUUCCAACACGAUGAACUUUAUUGACAGUUUGACACUAUUAUUUCUGACGCUGUCAGCUGUCAAGAGUGCCCACAUACCGAAGGAAGGAGAAAGAGGUCCACAUGACGUGAUCCCUUUAAUGGAGGUGUACAACAAGAGUUUGUGUAAGCCUCGGGAGCUGCUGGUGGAGAUUCUGCAGGAGUAUCCGGAGGAGGUGGAGCACAUUUUCAUACCGUCCUGCGUGGUGUUGACGCGCUGCGCCGGCUGCUGCAAUGACGAAAUUAUGCAGUGCACGCCAACGUCCAGCUAUAACAUUACAAUGGAGAUUAAAAGAAUAAAACCCCAAAGGCAACAAAAUGAUAUUUUCAUGAGUUUUACAGAACACAGUGCAUGUGAGUGUAGGUUAAGGAGAGAAGUGAGAGAACAGAGAGAAAAAAAACCCCGGAAAGGCAAGGGUAAAGGCCUAAAGAGAAAACGAAAGAAAAACCGUGACAAAACAAUUCACGAUGCUGUUUGUGAGCCAUGUUGUGAUCACUGCUCAGAGAGGAGAAAGCGUUUGUUCGUGCAGGAUCCUGUAACCUGCCGGUGCUCCUGCAAACACACAGACGAAUACUGUAAAGAUCGCCAACUAGAGCUCAAUGAGAGGACCUGCAAAUGUGACAAGCCAAGAAGAUGAGAGGGGUGGUAGCACCAGAUGUACAAGAUGAAGGAAUAUUCUAGAGAUAUUUCAUAGCACAGCACUUUGACCUUUGAACCGUAAGCUCUUCUUUUCUGUGGAAAGCAUUCCCCUUGGACUGACAGAGAACAAAAAGAAAAAAGAACUGAAGUUUCCUCCCACUGUAUAUCUGUGUGUAUAUAGACCAUGAUAAAAGAAAAAAAGUACAGAAUUGUUAUGCUGCUACAAAUCAAAUAACUAAACCCAUCAUUUGAUGAAAAAGCAAAUACCAUGUGGUUUUGUAUUCUAACAGGCUUGCAAUGCAGGUGUAGUUGUGUUGUCAAUUCAUUGUAUGCAAUUACUUCACUGGAUAUGAGUCUACUGUGGUUGUGUGUCAGUCAUAAAUUACAAAACCUCUCAAUCUAAGAUAUAUUUAACUGCUAAAACAGUGGGUGGGGCUGAAGAGGACAUGGGAGAGCUCUCCUUUCAAAAAAGGUGGAUGCGUUUUCAUCGGUCGACUUUUGCUUUUGGAGUAUAGCAACUGGACAGUCACGACAGCCGAUGGAAAUCUUGAAUCUGUCUCUUCAAGAUAUUGCUACUUUUCCUCCGAGGAAACUGCGGGAUUGAUAUGGACAAUGUUUCACAAUUGUGAUCAGCUUGCAGGAGAAGAGACGUGGAGUGCCAUAUACUUUUAAAGGGAUACUGGUCAUCAAUAAUAGCAUCUAAUGUUUUGCUAUGUCCUACAUGAAAACCACUGAAAACAUCCUAUACUGUAGUUUGAUUCCAUUUGAAAAACUGUGCCUCACAACAUGUACUGAGAAAUCUUUCGAGUGCUUUUUAAAUUAUUUUUGUUUCCUUUUUCAGGAGAGGAUUAUCAAAGUAGUUUGGUUAGUUGUUGAACUCAAUACAGAAUCCAUUGAUUACAUAUCUUCUUCUCUGAACUUGUACAUACUUAAUAUCCCUUUAUGCCAUAGUCCAUUUUAGAUAAUUUAUAAUGUUAUAGAGUAUUUUUCAGUAUUCAGUCUUCUUCCCAUAUUUAAUUUGGUCUAUUUAUAUAUGCAGUGUUAUGUACUUGUGGCUGUCCUAUCUCUCCCUUGUGUAACGUCACUGAUGGCUACUCUCAGCAUGGAGACUCUCUGUGCUUUUCUAAGAAACAAAAAACAACAAAAAAAAAAAAAAUCAAAAAUGAUUUGUUAACAUUCCCUAAAUGGAUCAUUGUACUGAUGACACCUCCUCUGGAUUAUUCAACCCCUCUUAUGUAACGAUGUGGGUGCCGUGUAGAACUUUAACUCGUGUAACUGUGUGUUUGUGUACAUGUGUGUGUAUGAGUGUGUGUUCACAUGCAUUUUGCUAAUGUGUGCAUCUGUCUGUAGAUUAGUUAGUAAGUUGUAUUUAAGUAUUUAAGUAAGUAGCGGACCUGUGUUUUGUCCGUCCUGCAAGAUGCAAAUACAAAUGAACUACUGCUAGCAGCUCAGCAUACACUAGCACAACACCAUCACCAUUUUAAAUUUGGAUAACAAUCUGCAUACUUUCUGCCAUCAGUCUUAGAGCCUUCAUUAUUAGUUCUCUUUGUCUCUUCUUCCUCACUAUUAACGUUUUCUGUGUCUAUGUAAAACAGUAAAGCAUAUUUAUUUUCAAAUUAUAUUGUUUUUAUAUAAAAUAAGGAAAAGGUUGCUGUGUUGUGAAUGCUGUGUUUUAAGAGAUUUAAUUAGGCAACAUGAGAUUUCCAUGUUUGUGUGCAGCAAGAUGAUACUCACACAUCUAAACCCAGAAGAAUGCAAUCAGGAAGACAACUGAACUGAGAAACUAGAAAUUCCUGCACGCUUUUCAUGAAAGACAGACAGAUAUUCAGCCUUAUGAAUAAAAUGGCACUUUGAA